AUGCGUCCAGGAAACGAAGACAUUGAUGAUGAGCGAGCUGAGGAGGAGAACAAAAUUAUAAACGAGGCAAGUAACAACAGGAAGCAGAACUCCCGCUACCUCUACGACUUGGUCAUGACCUCCGCACUAUCAUGGCCGAGUCUAACAUGUCAAUGGUUCCCAGACAAGGAAUCACCACCAGACAAACCAUAUACAGUUCACCGACUCCUACUUGGCACACAUACAUCAGGCCAGGCACAAGACUACCUGCAAAUUGCGACAGUGCAUAUACCAAAACGUGAUGGGCCAGGAGCCGAGAAACUUGACCACACAUCAUAUGAUGACGAGCGUGGUGAAAUUGGUGGUCACAAUAUUCCAUCUCGACAACCACACAUACAGGUAAUACAACGUAUUAACCACCCGGGCGAGGUAAACCGUGCUCGGUACAUGCCACAAAACCCAGACCUCAUUGCAACGAAAGCUAUCUCUGGAGAGGUGCUCAUAUGGGACCGCACGAAGCACAGUAGUGAUCCAGAUCGCACCGGUGCAAUUAAGCCCGAUAUCCGCUGUGUAGGCCAGACGAAAGAAGGUUUCGGCCUUGCUUGGAGUGCAGUGAAAAAGGGACACAUUCUUGGUUCUUCAGAAGAUAUGACAGUCUGUCACUGGGAUGUGAAUAUGUACAGUAAAGGGAAGAAUAUUGAGCCUCUCGCCGUAUAUUCUGGACACAAAUCUGUCGUCGGCGAUGUUGACUGGCAUGCUAGGGAGGAGAAUAUAUUUGCUAGUGUAGGAGACGAUAAGCAACUAAUGAUGUGGGACACAAGAGAGCCGAAGACACCCUUCAGAUCUAUAGAAGCCCAUGAAAAGGAGAUUUUAGCAGUUGCAUGGAGCCUAGCAAAUGACAACCUCAUCAUCACUGGUGGCGCAGAUAAUACAAUCGCACUGUUCGACAGGAGAAACGACGUGAAGCGUGUUCACACCUUUGAGUCGCAUACCGACGAGGUGCUACACCUCGCUUGGUCACCGCAUCACGAAACCGUUUUCGCAUCUGCAAGCUCGGACAGGCGCAUUAAUGUCUGGGACCUAGCACAAAUUGGAGUCGAACAAACUCCAGACGAUGCCGAGGAUGGACCUCCAGAGCUGGUCUUCAUGCAUGGUGGGCAUACUUCCCGACCCGCAGACUUCUCAUGGGCACCUGGCAAGGGUGAAGAAUGGCACAUCGCAAGCGUUUCCGAAGACAACAUUUUGCAAGUCUGGCAACCAUCGCGUCGCAUCUGGGCGGGUGAAGAUCUUGACGUGGACGCGAAGGAACUGGAAGGCGAAGCAAUGGAAGGAGUUGAGACUACUGCUCCAGUAGAUGGGAGUAAAACUGGGCCUGCAAAGGCACGCGAGGAUUAG